CUGCCGCCAUCUUGUUGUUGAUUCGAACGGCAGGGAGCGGGCGGAGGGGAGCUGUGGUGCUGGGGGCUCGGUGUCGCCAGCCCCUGGCUGGGCAGGCAAGGCCGGCCCCGACGCUGUUCUCAGGAAGGAACUCGGCAAGCCACGGUGGUAACAUGAAACCAACAUGGUGAGGAAGCUGGUGGGGUUGGGGGCCCUUCCUGCAUCCCAGCGUACUGCCAGCCCUGCAGAGGAGAGGUGCGGGCAGGCUCCGAUCGCUGUAAGGAAGCAGACUGCCAGGACUCCCCUGCCUGACUGCUGCUGAGCUACCCCUCCAGCCCACGUGGCUCUCCCCAUGCUCCAGGAGUGCAACUGGUGCCCAACGCAAUGUGUGUUUGUCAAACCAUGGAAGUGGGCAAGUAUGGCAAGAAUGCCACUCGAUCUGGAGACCGGGGAGUGCUGCUGGAGCCUUUCAUUCACCAGGUGGGUGGCCACAGCAGCAUGAUGCGCUACGACGACCACACUGUCUGCAAGCCCCUCAUCACCAGAGAGCAGCGCUUCUACGAGUCUCUGCCCCCGGAGAUGAAGGAGUUCACGCCCGAGUACAAAGGUGUGGUGUCUGUCUGUUUUGAGGGAGACAGUGAUGGCUACAUUAACCUGGUGGCCUAUCCCUACGUGGAGAACGAGGCUCUGGAGCAGGAUGAUAUGCCAGAGAGGGACCAGCCACGGCGCAAGCACUCGCGUCGCAGCCUUCACAGAUCAAGCAGUGGCACUGAGCACAAGGAGGAAAAGCCUGGCCUGGCCAGUGACAGCACUGAAAGCAGCAUGCAGGAAACAAAGAGUCCCAGGAUGGACCUGCACAUCCAUUCAGAUGUUCCAUUUCAGAUGUUGGAUGGGAACAGUGGUCUGAGCUCUGAGAAGAUCAGCUAUAACCCCUGGAGCCUGCGCUGCCACAAGCAGCAGCUGAGCCGCAUGCGCUCCGAGUCCAAGGACCGAAAGCUCUACAAGUUCCUUUUGCUGGAGAACGUGGUGCAUCACUUCAAGCUUCCCUGUGUGCUUGAUCUGAAGAUGGGAACCAGGCAGCACGGAGAUGAUGCGUCUGAGGAGAAGGCUGCUCGGCAGAUGAAGAAGUGUGAACAGAGCACUUCUGCCACCUUGGGCGUGCGCGUCUGUGGGAUGCAGGUCUACCAGCUGGACACAGGACAUUACUUGUGCAGGAACAAAUACUAUGGACGAGGUCUUUCCAUCGAGGGCUUCCGCAACGCCCUCUACCAGUAUCUCCACAACGGCAUCGAGCUGCGCAAGGACCUCUUUGAGCCUGUCCUGGCCAAACUGCGAAGCCUGAAGGCGGUUUUGGAGAGACAGGCCUCCUACCGCUUCUACUCCAGCUCCCUUCUCAUCAUUUACGACGGGAAGGACAGCAGGGCAGGGAUGUUUGUGGAGCGCCGGCCGGAGACGCGCCCGAAGCGGGUGGACAGCUCUGUCCCGGAGGGCCUGCAGGAUGGCAGCAGCACGGAGCCUGGCUCCUCGGCACAGCCCAAGGUGGAUGUGCGCAUGAUUGACUUUGCACACAGCACCUUCAAGGGCUUCCGCGAUGACCCCACUGUGCACGACGGACCCGACAUGGGCUACGUGUUCGGGCUGGAAAGCCUCAUCAACAUCAUGGAACAGAUGCGUGAGGAGAACCAGUAGCCCUGUGCUGCGGCUCUCACUGUCCUGGUGGCAGGAGCAGACAAGACCACCUACUGCUAUGGGGAAAAAGCAGAUGACUUUGGUUUUAAACAGUUGUAUUGCUCCAUGUUUUUUAAAUGUACUUGAUAGGAGAGCUGAGGGGAGGCAGGAUGGAAGAGCUCCUUGUGCCAACCACAUGGUUCUGACAGCACUAGAUCUGCCUUCUGGAGGAGGCUAUGUAGAUACCCGGGUGUUCUGGUUCUCCCUUUGUCACAUGUGUGUUCUGAAGGCAGGACCUGGACACAGGGAAGAGAAAGCAGGAGAGCUCUGGGGCUCUUUGAGGGGCUGUGGUGUGAGGAACCUCCUGCCUCUGGAGCCCCCAGGAGAACCUUCCCUUUGAAAUUCUCCUGAGCUAUUUGGAAAGGGCACUUGACGGUUGGCAGUGUCUGUGGGGCUGAUGGUGAGCAGCACAGGUGCUGGCCUAUGUGCUUGGUGUUGUGAGCUCUGCCCUGGGUUUUCCAACGGGGCUUUGCUUUUGAUGCUGCCUUUUUCUGUUGUUUGGGCACUGUGAGUAACCAACCCAAACUCAGAAAUAAAAUGACCAAAUGCAACCCCUGGCAGAGCUGCAGCCGGGAGGGAAUGCCACUGCCCAGAGCUGUGCUCAGGCUUGGGUCCUGCUCCCUCCCCACUGGUGUGGCAUGGGCAGACCUGUGUGCAGGCAGACACGGGGCUCUGUGAGAGUCACUGCCCUGGACCACUGACCAAGCAAGAACUCAGCUCAUGGGCUAGCAAUAGUAUCUGUAGCAGUUAACGUGACCCCAGCUGUGCAGCGGGGCCUUUUGGACCAUUUCAACCCUUCUGUCCUGUAGUGUUGGUCCUACAGGUUGUAGGAGACUAUGUCCCUCCAGCACCAGGCUGUCCUCUUCCCUCUGCUCUUCUGGCAGGUCCAUGUGUGGAGAUGGUGGAAGGGGAGGCUGAGGGUUAGGGCUGACCCCGCUCCUUGUCUCCUCCCAGAGGGCCUCCAGUUGAGGGAGGGGGCUCCUGGCUGAGUGAGGAGUGCCGCCACCAGACUGUUUCCUUUAGUUUUGCUGCAGAGAGUUGGUCUUUCCCAAAAUUAAUAACCAGUAUGGGGAUGAACAGCCAGCUGUGACCUGCUCUGCUGCCAGGCUCCUUCCUGGAGCUGGUGCUUUACCCACAGCUCCCCUUGAUGAGGGCAUUAACGUUUGAUACUGUGGCCUGGUGGUACUGAACCGUACCCCGCUCUGCAUCACCCGCUGUGUUUCUGUACUGGCACCUCCACUUGCUCCCUCCCUGGUGUCAGUGACUUGUUCCAUGGCGUUACCGUUUCCCUGGCUGCCUGAUGAACUGCCUGGGUACCUGCAAGGCCAGGGUUGGGGUUUCUUUGUUGGUUUUUUUGUUGCUGGUUUGGUUUGUUACUUCAGGAAAGCUCGUUUGGAGAAUACUCGCAUGUAGCAUGUGUGCCGAUGCGGUUUGUGCACGGUCUGCUUCGAAAGCGUUGAUGCUGUGCUGGGGGCCAGCCAGAGCUGCCACAGCAGGUGUAGGUCUAUGGCAGGGGCUCUGGAAGGGUGCAGGGGCAGUUGCCAGCUUUCUACCUACAUCAUACCUCUCUGCCUCUCUCCCAGCUCUUCAAAGGCUUGCCCAAGCCACCACUCCCCUCCAGCUCCCUGGAUAAGGACUUCAUUCAUAGAUAUGUUUAGGUUGGAAAAGUCCUUCACAGUCAUCAAGUCCAACUAUUAACCCUCCUCUACCCUGUCCACCACUAAGCCAUAUCCCUAAAGCACCGCUUUUAAACACCUCCAGGGAGGAAGACUUCACUGCUUCCCUGGGCAGCCUCUUCCAAUGCCUGAUAACCCUUUCAGUGAUUUCCGUCCUUCCCCCUCCCCCCUGCCCCCAGUAUUCAGAACUUCCUCUGGUGCAGCUUGAGGCUAUUCCUUUUUGUUCUAGCAGUAGUUACCUGGGAGAAGAGACCAACACCCAAAUGCUGACACCCUCCCUUUGGGUAGUUCUAGAGCCAUCGGUGCCCCUUUGCACUGGCUUCCUGCUCCAUCGCAGCUGCGAGGUGCUGCCCUGCCGGGGGUGGUCCGGGAACGGGCAGGAGGAAGGAGCGAGGCUCGUGGAGCAGGUGACUCAGAGACCUACAACAGCCCUGUUGCCCUUCUGGGCUCCUUGCAUCCUACCUUGUGCAUGUCCUUGCCCCCAGCGGGCUGUGCUCGGGCUGGUGCAGCACCUUGAGUCCUAGGGAGCUCCCCUCCACCUUUCCAGUGUUGCCUCGUGCUCUUUCUCUGGAGGCGGGGGGGCAUUGCCUGUGCUUCCCCCUAGACCACCACAGUGGGACUCCAUAGCUUGUACAUAGCCUUGCUUCCCCCCCAGUUUCUUUUUACAUGAAUAAUCACCCUGUUUGUGCUUCACAGAGAACCAAAAACCAUUAAAGGAUCUGUUUUUGU